GUGACUUGCGGCUCUUCCCCAGACAACCAUCGUCUUCGCCUUGGCCCGUCGUGGAACAGCAUGCAGGACAUCCGUCUCGUGGACUAACCAGUGUCGGCCGCUCUCAAAAGUACUCCUCACCACCAGUGACAUCCGCUGAGCCACCGUCACUGAACCAGAAAUGGCUCGGCCCAGAGACUCGCGCUCACCAUCUCCUGCAGGAAGUCAUGCUGCGCGAAGACGGAAAGAUGAUGAGCGGCGCGACCGCGACCGCGACCGCGACCGCGACUACCGCCGGCGCUCUCGCAGCCCUGAUCGCCGGUACCGCGAUCGCGAACGUGAUUAUGGCCGGGAGCGGGAUCGGGACCGGGACCGCGACUCAUACCGCUGGAGGGACCGUUCCCUAGAUCGCCGAGAUGAUGACUACUAUCGAGGCUCACGACGCGAUGGAGGGACCGCUCGUGACCGUCGUCGGUCACGCGACCGUGGCCCGGACAGGCCGCGAUCGCCGGAUCGCCGGGGUCCACGGGGUGGCGAUGCCAGCCGAGACUACCGCGAUAAGCGGGACGACUCUCGCGACCGAAGGAGCCGUCGUGACGGCUCACACGAUUCCGCUUCCCAGCAUGGCGAUGGCGGUCGCUCUCGGGCUCACAAGGCGGACGGCGUAGCGGGCAGAGACAGCGAGGACUCGCAAUCAGUUAAGUCCACACAGACCCAGGCGCAGACCGAGGCGGAGAAGAAGGCUGAGCGACUACGCAAACUCCAAGCUAUGAAGGAAAAGCACGCCUUGAAGGAAGCCAGGGAAGCCGACGUUACUGCCGGAAGCACUCGUCAGCUCCUGGCCGAGAUGGAUCAGAAGGCCAGCGGCGCAGCGGAUUUAAGGAGCCCUCUGCCUACCCAGGCGAGUCCUGCCCCGGCGUCACCUGCGGCUGCUGCCCCCGCUCCGUACGCCGGCAAGUUCGAUCCAAAAGCCAUCGCGAAGAACUCCAAAGCUGCACGAUCUCAGUCCCCCGCUAAGCUGGGUGAUGCCCAGCUGGGCGCCUCUGGAGGCAGGACGUCAGAUGUCAGGACCGAGGCCAGUUCCAAGGGUGCCGGCCUGCUGCCGGCCAACAGGGCUGUCAGUGCAUUCGGGUUCCAGAAAAACGCUGACGCCCAGAAAUCGGCCUCUAAGCGCAAACUGGACAUGGACGAUGAGGAGAUUAUCAAACGCAAGCUCGUCAAGCUCCCCGACUUCGUUCCGGAGAAUGCGGACAGCACGUCGCCUGCGGAGGGCGACGCGGAAGAGGAUGGAGAGGAAGACCUCGAUCUUCGAAUGGCUCGGAAUGAGGAGGAUAUGGCAGAGGCUCACCGAAUUCUCCAAGAGAGGCGCGACGAGCGCAUUCAAAAGGAGGGCAUGGCGAUGGACGUCGACACGGAGACGCCGAACGGGGAGAUCAAGGACGAGCCAAUGCCGCCAGUGCCUCCCACCGCGGACAUUGAAGAAGAAGAUGUGGAUCCCUUGGAUGCGUUCAUGGCUGACCUUGAACACACGGGCACGGCAGGUGGCGUCGGAUCAAAGCCUCCCAAGCCGUCGCAGAAUGCGAAAAAGGGCUUCGAGCCAGAGGCAUACUUCAGCGAGGAUGAUUACGGUUUCGAAGCGGACAACGCCGACCCGGCUUCCAUUCUUGCCAUGGCUGCCAAGAAGAAGAAGAAGGACAUUCCGACUGUCGACUACAGCAAAAUCGAGCUCAACCCGAUCCGAAAGAAUUUCUGGGUCGAGCCGCAGGAGCUGAGCCAGAUGACCGAAGAAGAAGCGGCCGAUCUGCGGUUGGAAUUGGACGGCAUCAAAGUCUCGGGCAAAAACGUGCCCAGACCGGUCCAAAAGUGGUCACAAUGCGGUCUCACCCGGCCGAUUUUGGAUACCAUCGAAGGACUCGGCUACGAGAAACCGACGCCGAUUCAAAUGCAGGCGCUGCCUGUCAUCAUGUCGGGCCGCGAUGUCAUCGGUGUCGCAAAGACGGGCUCUGGCAAGACGAUGGCCUUUGUCCUUCCCAUGCUCCGCCACAUUAAGGACCAAGACCCGGUAAGCGGGGAUGACGGCCCCAUUGGCCUGAUCAUGACUCCGACCAGAGAAUUGUGCACCCAAAUCUACUCGGAUUUGCUGCCGUUCACCAAGGCGCUGAAGCUUCGCGCGGUCGCUGCCUAUGGCGGGAAUGCCAUCAAAGACCAGAUCGCCGAACUGAAACGAGGCGCUGAGAUCAUAGUCGCCACGCCAGGACGGAUGAUUGAUCUCCUUGCGGCGAACUCGGGCCGGGUUACCAACCUCAAGCGUGCCACGUACAUCGUUCUCGACGAGGCGGAUCGCAUGUUCGACAUGGGCUUCGAGCCGCAGGUGAUGAAGAUCUUCAACAACGUCCGACCUGAUCGGCAGACGAUUCUGUUUUCUGCCACCAUGCCCAGGAUCAUCGACGCGCUCACCAAGAAAGUCCUUCGAGAGCCGGUCGAGAUCACGGUGGGCGGCCGCAGCGUUGUGGCGCCGGAGAUCACCCAGGUUGUUGAGAUCAUCGAAGAGAGCAAGAAGUUCGUCCGCCUGCUCGAGCUCCUCGGUGAGCUGUAUGCCGACGACGACGAUGUCCGCGCCCUGAUAUUUGUGGAAAGGCAAGAGAAGGCGGACGAUUUGCUGCGCGAGCUCCUGCGGCGCGGGUACGGCUGCAUGUCGAUCCACGGUGGGAAGGACCAGGAGGAUCGGAACUCCACCAUCUCGGACUUCAAGAAGGGCGUCUGUCCUAUCCUCAUCGCGACCUCGGUGGCGGCGCGCGGACUGGACGUCAAGCAGUUAACCUUGGUUGUCAACUACGAUGCGCCUAACCAUCUCGAAGACUAUGUCCACCGCGCCGGCCGGACUGGGCGCGCGGGCAAUACCGGCACUGCCGUCACCUUCAUCACAGAGGAGCAGGAGAAUUGUGCGGUCGGCAUCGCAAAGGCUCUCGAACAGAGCGGGCAGCCCGUGCCCGAGCGUCUCAACGAAAUGCGCAAGGCGUGGAGAGAGAAGGUCAAGGCUGGGAAGGCGAAAGAUGCGAGCGGGUUUGGCGGCAAGGGGCUGGAGAAGCUUGACAAGGAUCGCGAGGCCGCGCGCAUGCGUGAGCGCAAGACGCACAAGGCCGAGGGCGAGGAAGAUGACUUCAAGGAGGAGGAGACGGCGGAAGAUGGCAAGAAGGACAAGGCUACGUUGGCCAUCGAAGCCGCCGCCUCGGCCAUCGUCUCCCGUGACGCGGCCAAGGCCGAGGCCGAGGCCAGGGCCGCCGCUGCCGACGGCGCAGCCAAGACUGGCGCGGCGACGAGCACCGGCAAGGGCGGCGGCGGCGCCCUUGACAAGGCGGCGUCCGCCAUCAGCGAGAUCAACGCGCGGCUCGCGCGCGCCGGUCAGCUCCGUGCUGGACAGCCGAUCGACAACAAGGGCCCCGACGCCGGGGCGUUCCACGCGACGCUGGAGAUCAACGACUUCCCCCAGAAGGCUCGGUGGGCCGUCACCAACCGUACCAACGUGGCCAAGAUCCUCGAGGCCACGGGCACGUCGAUCACGACCAAGGGCAACUACUACCCGCCCGGCAAGGAGCCUGCGCCGGGCGGCGAGCCGAAGCUGUACAUUCUCAUCGAGGGCGACACGGAACUGGUGGUUAGCAGGGCGCUAGCGGAGCUCACGCGGCUGCUUAGGGAGGGCACGCUGGCUGCUGCGGAUGCCGAGAGCCGGGCGCCGGUGAGCGGCAGGUAUACCAUUACCUGAUACUUUUAGGGUUUUAUUGUUUUGUUUUGCGUUUUGCCGGGAGAGGUGCGCGCUGGUGGCCGAGUAGUUACAUCAGGGUGAAGCACAUGAACAUCGUUACAGCCAAGUUCAUUCUCCGACAGUCCUUGAGUUGCAUUUUUUGGGGGGUUGCGGUGAGACGAUAAG